AAAAAAAAGAAUCAUGUGACGACACAAUGUAUAUUUACGAAAGAAUUGUGAAGAAGCAUUGUUUACAAAAGUUUAUUCUAUUGUAUACUUAAAAUUUAUCUGAAAUCUUUAAAAAUAAAUCAAAUUGUGGUGGAAUGGAACGGACGUGGAAGGAGAUAAAUGAAACAAUUGUUAGUGAAAAUGAUUUAAUGUCUUUGACCAAGUCUCACAACGUCAGUAUCUAUCGCAGAGAAAAUUUUAAAAAUUAUGAAUCAAUAACAUAUAGAUGUUCACAAUAUCGAACUUUUACUAAAUGUCAAUAUCAAUUAAAAGCAAAAAUCUAUCAUGAUAGUACUUAUCAAUUUUUUUAUUCUCAACAUCAUGAACAUGAAUUACUUGAAGAUACACGUUUACCAACUGAUAUUCGUUCAAAUAUUCGUGAUCUUGCUAUGAAAGAGGAUUUUAACAAUGAAAGUAUUAAUGCAUCUAUUGCAGCAGUUGGAGUUGCAUCAGCUACACCACAUUCAUCAACUACUGCUCCAAAACCAGAACAUAUUGAAAAGACAUUUAAAAAAGUUCUUGAAAAAAAUUAA